AUGAAGUCGAACAAUUUAAUUAUUCACGCGCUCACUUACCUUGUUCUUACCAACGUUGUUAAUUCAAGAUUUGUGGCUUUGGAGGAUAUUACAAAGCAGUGGCUACAAACAGAAUCGACUGAUAGAUUAAAUGAAGCAAUUGAAGCCUUAUUUCAAAAACCCAUAAGAGUGAAACGCAGUGCAAUCGUGUAUAAUAAAUGCCCUAUUGGAUUUAAAAGAAUGCCACCGCCUUUGCUAUGUGUUAGUUGCGAACAGUACGAAACAAUAACAGGGGAUCCAUGUUGA